AUGUCACUCCCUGCUGAUAAUCAUGACGGCGGCGCCGACCAAGAUCCCGGACCAGUCGCACCCAUAGCUGCAGAUGACGCGGACUCAGCCUUGGGAGAAGAAGAUGAUAUCCUGUCCACGUCCUCUCUGACGUCAAGCGUCUUUGACUACAUCCAGGAACACGGAAGAACCUACAACGCUUACGGCGAACGAACGUAUGUUCUUCCAAAUGAUGAGGAUGCUGAUGUAGUUGUCUUGGCAGAUAGAAUUGGAUCGUCUAGGUAUGUUUCUGGUCCCGGUGCACCACGUUUCAUUGGUUCGCUGAGGGUGUGGAUGGGAUCAGAUCUCCAGCAUCAACUGCUUAAGAUGACCUUUGGAGACCGAUUGUCGACCUGUGGAGUGGAGGACAGGAGAGACUUGCAUUACGUGCUCGACGUCGGUACCGGAACAGGCAUCUGGUCCAUUGAAUAUGUUGACAGAGAAAAGGUGCUCGGAGUGGACGUCAGCCCUGUGCAACCGGACUAUGUUCCUCCCAACGUUAGAUUUGAAGUCAUGGACGCCGGGCAGCCAUGGGCCUUUAACUACAGCUUCGAUUUCGUCUUCAGCCGAUUCAUGACAGGUGCAAUUGCAGAUUGGCGGCAGUUCAUUCAGCAAUGUUAUGAAAACCUUGCUCCAGGGGGAAUGCUCGAGGUCCAAGACAUAUCAUUCAAUCUCCAGUGUGAUGACGGAACACUUCCCAAGAAUUCUGCUUUGGCCCGGUGGGCAGCCUAUAUGCUUGAGGCAAGUAAGCAGCUGGGAUGUCCCCUUGACAGCGUCGAGUCAGUCAAGAGAAUCAUGAUCGAGACGGGCUUCGUCGACGUGGUGCAAAAGCCCUACAGUUGGCCAAUGAACCCCUGGGUGAAAGAAGAAAAGCUGAAGAAGAUCGGUGAGCUUUCAUCAAUCUGGACCGGGAGUGACGGGCCGGAAAAUGCUCACGGAAAUCCAAAUCCUAUAGGACUCUGGACUUAUCACAACUUCUGCGGAUCGUUGUCGGGCAUCAGCCUGGCACUUUUCACGCGAGGCUUAUCCUGGUCUGCAGAUGAGCUCGAAGUAUUUCUGGUCGAUGUCAGAAAAGACAUGAGGAACACGGGAUAUCACGCGUUCUGGCCCAUUUACAGCAUCAGUGGGACAAAGCCCGGUUAG